AUGACGAUGAAGAAGAAGAAGAAGAAGAAGAAGAAGAAGAAGAAGAUCUCAUUGAAAAAUCUCAACGUAAGGAUCUUCAUUAUGGUCUUCAGGAUGCUUCAGGAUAUUAAACACAUUUUUGUGCCAACAGGCAGUUCAGCACCCCUUGAUGGAAACAAACUGGAUCUUGACUAUAGACCUACGCCACCACCACAAACUGACUUUCGGUCACCCUCACUUGAAGUACCGGCACUCGCUAUGUUAGCUGAACCUACAGAGGAGGAAACAUCUUCUCGUGCAAUGGCCCGACCAGUUGUGUGGACAUCUGCUUGGCACAACUGGAGAACUCUUGAAUCGAAUGAGUGGCUUGAUGCGACAGUGGCAAACUAUUAUUUGUGUCACAUUUGGUAUGAGGUCGUGGACAGGUCACAAAUGAGAUACGUGGACCUGUAUGCAGCAAUGGCGAAUGACAUGGUGGAUGAUGAAGUGAAGCUAUUCAGGAAGAACCAUUUCUUACCUCAAGAAGGAACAUGCCCAGCGAUCCCUAGACACAUAGCCCAUGUUCUAGGUCGCCACAUUUCAGACACCAUAAUGGAAGUGGAUGAUGUCGAUCCACACGACUGGAGGGAUUGGGGCGGACCUCAAUACUGGAGGAGAAUCGCAUUCCUGCAUGGCUGGAACCCAGGGGAUGUCACCGAUGUGUCUGUGAUACCAAAUGAUUGGGAGCAAAACGGAGUCGACUGUGGUCCCAUAGCUUGCUCUGUGCUGGAGCAAUGUCUGCGCACAGGUUUAGACGAGUAUGGAAACCUCCCAGCACUUAAAUUUCAAUGUGGCCACAGACUGCGCAUCCACAUGUUGCGAGUAAUUGCUGGGCGUAUCAAGCUGAGCUGUAGCGACUACCUGAUGCUCCUCGACAGACCAAUGGACGAUCGGACAGAGGAUGACAUACCGGACGAGGAUGUAAUAAACGCGAUUCAGAAUGGGCAGCACCAGGCCGAAUGCGUCAAGCUCUUGAAGAAAUUGACUGUUGUCAGCGCCACCUGCUCAACGUGUCAUCAAUCCAUAUUCAACCAGAAUGGCGAACACCCCUCACCUAAUGAUGACGAUGGAGAUCAAACCACAGUAGACCAGGAUGGCUUAGAAGCAGAAUGGAGUGAAGAUGAGAAUGCCAUCGACAUCCAUCUGCCUAAAGAAAGGAGGGACAAUCUCGCAAAGCUGAUCAAAGAAAACCGACAAUUGGCUGGUUCUCGGAAUCGUAAUGCUAUAGUUCCUCGCGCUAUUGGAACACACCUUGAAUUGGAGCAAGAAACACCACCUGAUUCCAUAAAUACAGGGGACUCACAGCGCUCUGCGGCUGCCUCAGUGUCUCGUAGGCGAGUGAAGAACUUGAAUCUUGGAAGCAGUAAACGAUUUCCACGUCCAACUGCACCACCACCACUAGCUGCAUAUCGGGGAUCAACAUGGCUCCAGGAUAACCAUCAAUUCGAUGAUUAUGAGGGCGGACCUACGAUAGAGAUGUUGAUGACUCCCAGGGACAUUAAUCCAACCAUGACAUUCCAGGUUGGGGGAAUCCAGCUGUCGACUGCAUGGGUGGACUGGAUCGAUCAUGGAUACCGCAUCACUCCUAGCUCAUUCCAUAUAUUCUAUCAAUGCGAGCCCAUAGCUACCAUGGACCACAUCAUGUGUGUUGGCACUACCAAUUUCCAUGACCCCUCGAAUCAAGUUCCAGAUCGAGUCACAGGUGCAUACAGCCUGAAUCGUCUGGGGUUGGCUAAGGAAGGUCAGAACACGCACAUCUCUGACGUCGAGAUUCUCUCUGCUUCAGAACUCAUCGAUGCCGCCCAAUAUGAUCCCCCACUGCAUGAGGAGUGUAGGUUCGGACACAAUGCCUUUGUUCGUGGCCGGACCAGCCAUCGCUUCGGAGACGGACCUGCAUUAUAUGUUGACCUUGAACGGGAUGCGGUUAAAUUUUCAGAAGAUGAGCUAGAGACAUCAGUGGACAUAGACAGUAUAAUUUGGACGACAAAGGUGUUCCGAUGCAGGGGGUCAGUGGGCAUAUACAUCACUCCACCAUUCCAAACAAAACCUGGUAUAUUCAAGCACAAUCACACGUAUGUCAACAUCACCAUUCCACAGUCAGAAGAAGAUGCGAAUGCGCCUGGUGGAAGAAAGGAAUGGCUGUCUAAAAGGUUUCCUAUGGCUGCCAUCCCUCAUGCCUGUAUGGGCCGCAUAUCAUCCGCAUCCUCGACACUCAAUCUCUAUAUUGCAUUUCCGAGGAUGAUCCACCAACACCCAGUGAAUGGACGAAGAAUCACACUGAUGCCAAAGGAGGUCUUGGAUAUUUUCUGGGAUAGGGUACUGCUUCCAUCUAUAGGAGAUUGCACCGAUGUCAGCUGGGCGCCUUAUAUGAAGCACACGUUAGAGGAGGCACGAUACAAGGCAAGAGGUGUGGAAGGACGCAAAGGAGGAUGGGGACCUCCAAAAACAAUUCCCCUGUCAGAUGAUGACUUUAGGGAUGUUCAGGAACGCAUGGAAGCCUGCAUACGCAAUGGAGAGGGGGAGCUCAGCAUGUAUGGGUCGUUCUUCUUCAUUUUGGAGGGGAAGGGAAUCAAGCUCCUCACAAAGGAUGGACAGCGAGGACGUUUCUCAGGACCGGAGGAAGCCUUGCGUCGCAACCUGUCAGACCUGGACUGGCCAUAUAUGAUGAACCACAGGCAUGGCGAGCUUCUGGUGGAUGUGGGUAUCUCAUUCACUCCACGCUCUCCAGAAGUUCCGGUUGUUGGUGUAUGGAGAUUAGAUGCAUUGGAGGCAUCGUAUGGCGCAGGAGGUUACAAGCGAGGCGAGAUUCAUCACCAGAACACACUCUCCAGAUAUGGUGCCCUCCAGGCAGAGAUGCAGCAGCAGAGAUCCCAGCAGACCCACAUAGCAUUCCGGAGCAGCUACAACCUAUACUACGAAUCCAUCCGAACAAACAACAACCAGGUAAACUUUGCUUCGGACAGUGAUGCCUACAAGCUUUCUCCAUCGUACAUGGCCGAAUGCUUCGAAAUAAUGAAGGUUGUCGAAGGGUGCAAGGGGAAAACAUAUGGUGUCAGAGAUGAGUAUAGGGUGAGCGGACAAGCGGCUAGAACAAUGUUGGAUAACAUAGAAAACAAGGCUAUAGACUAUCUGCGCUCAGAUCCUAUACUGUGGAUUCCAUCCAAUGUCUGGUUUGAGUUGAUCAGGCGACGUGUGCGGGAGAUUCAAAGGACCCAAAUCUUCAUUGUCAAAAAGAACCCUCCCAAUCUUGGCACCCUAACUGGCUUGCUGAACCACAUGCUUCGUUCAACCAUAUCAACGCCUAUCGUCUACGACCGUCAUGUCCGUGAAUCACUCGCCCUCCUUGAAUACAGAAAUGUACUCGAAACAGCAGGGAUGUUCUUCUUGCAGGAAUUUGAUCUAUGCAGCGAAACCUGCCUGGAGGAAGUGCAGCAAAUCGAUGAUGUGAAUGUGUUGGCACUCAUGGGUGUAAAUGCGAAGGCUCAAAGAGACAAAGCAGUGGGAAAAGUGGAAGGAUGGAAGAUAACAGAGUCAGGAAUGGAAGGCUAUCCUCUUGGUCGGACACCAACAUGGACUCAGCUAAAGACAGCAAUUUCAAGCUCUCCUGCGACGAUCAUGAGACCAUGGGUAUGGUUAUCCAGCUUUUCUAACAUCGAACUCUCUGUUGAACGACUUGUGGUUGCAUUCACGAGGCACAUGUGGCUGAUGCUGACGGAUGAAGUCCUUAAGGGCAUCAGACCCUACCCCAAAUCGCUUAAGGAGUCCAUGAAGUGCUGGACGAUGACGAGCAUCGACGAUACCCUCGCUUUAGUUGCUUUUGAAGCAUGCAAUUCUGGGUUGCAUGAUCAUACAGGCGUAACUCCAGGUCGCAUGGGUCCCAAGUCGAGAGCGUUUGUGGACAGAUGCUCCCUAUUUUUUCCCGAUCCUGAUGCAUCACAUAAAAACAACGCUCAAUGGUCCACACUAUGGGAGGGAGAUGGAUACAUCGCACAGUUUCACAGGAUGAUGAAGAUGAUGGAAGAAGAACAACGGGUAUUGCUGAAGCAAGGUCUACGCGAGGUAUUUUCAAACCUUCAUUGUCUUCCUGCAAGUGGUGCACGAGUGUGGGUGCAGAAGAAUGAUGCCAUAGUCUUCAUAACAAAUCCUGCAUAUUAUAGGAUAGACUGCAUCGGAAGGGGGGGCGAGAGCCAGAGGAGAGCCCCAAGAGCACGUCGCACUAUGAAGUUAAUCAAGGGCAAGCGCAUCUUUGCGGCUGACCUGAUGGACUCACAACCAUUUGAUGCUGAUGGAAAUCUGAGAAGAAAGACAGAGAGGCAAAAGCGUCGAGAGAUCCACAAAAAAAUAACCAUGGCCAAGAAAAACAAGAGGGUGCCUCCUCCUCCACAUCCUCGUAAAUCCAGAUCAUUUCCCAUGGACACAGGAGAGACUAUAGAAGAGGGUGAUGCAAUGGAUGUUGAUUAG